GAAGGCAGCGACAGAAGGCGACGACUCCACAGUUCGACUGGCUGCUCAUCUCAGCCCGGCAAAAUGCGAAGUUUGUUCUCCGUGACGCUGCUGCUGUUCCUGGUCCUGACGCUCGGCGCCGAGGCCAACAGGAGGCCCAAAGGACAGAAAGGUAAACAUGAUAAAUCCCGGCCGGCCUCCGAGUGCUCCUCUGCAGAGACUCAGUACGGGAAAUGUGUGCCGGAGCACGGAGACUGUGGCGACGGUCUGAGGGAGGCCACCUGCAAAGAUCGGACCGACAAGAUCCCCUGCAGGAUCCCCUGCAACUGGAAGAAGGACAUCAGCGACUGUAAGUACAAGUUCGGUCCGUGGGGAUCCUGCGACGCCGCCACCAACACCAAGAGCCGAUCGGGAACGCUGAAGCGAGCGCUGUUCAACGCCGAGUGUCAGACCACCGUCAAGGUGUCCAAACCCUGCUCCCCCAAAGUCAAGAAGGCCAGAGGGGAAAAGAAGUCAAACUGAAGGAAGCAACGCGAUGCAGACGACGGCAGGAUUUCUUCCUCCGGCUGAACAAUCGUCUUCCCUCCUUCAUCAAACAAAAAAAAAAAAAAAAACCGAGAGACUCCUCCAAAACACGCCAACCACCUUCCGUCUGGCCUCCUCUGACUGUUGUUCUGGUUUCUCAUGUGACGUUCUUGUGUUUACUUGGAUUAAAGUGUGGAAAGCUUUUCUCCCACUAGAUAAUAAGAAUAAUCCUUAUAGCUGAUAGUUUGUUUUAACAGUUACACUCAGAUAGUCCUAAAAGCUUAGCUCAAAGUGAAUUAACGUUCCGGAAACUGAACCUGACGGUCCGUCCACCCAACCGUCCCGAGUUUUGUUUUUACGGGAGUUUAGAAUCCCCUUUAAAAAGAUCUGUAAUGAGAAAAUCCUCUAUGAAAUCUAUUUUUGAACUAUAGAUUGAUUAUUGACGAUGACAAGACUUGUAUAAAUGAACAAAUUAAAU